GUUCCUGGGGCAGAUGACGUACGCGUUGGCCUACUUACACAAAGACAACAUCGCUCACAGGAGUAUAAAACCAUCCAACAUCCAGUUGAGUGGUCAGUCUACGUUCGUCCUGUUUGACUUUGAACCAGCCACCAUCACCAGAGACAGAGCCAGGGUGAAACAGAGAGUGAAGAAGAACUUGAAGCGCUGGCUGGCUCCUGAGUGUUUGUCCCUGAACCAGUGGACAGAGAUGUCUGACAUCUGGUCUCUGGGCUGUGUUGUGCUGGACAUGGUCACUUGUCAUCUGCUUGAUAUGGACUCGUCUGUGACUCAGCUCCUGAGACUGCACCAGGACCAGACACCGCUGAAGGUCAUCGUACACAGCGGUCUCAAUCAGGUCCUCACUAACAUGUUCCGCUGUCAUCCGAACAAAAGGGCCAACAUCUGGGAGUUAGUGGAGGAGAGUCUGGUGAAGAGCUGCCUUGUGCAUUGUGGGAUCUCCAUCCGCACCAUUGAGAGAAUGGUGCCAUCUGGUGUCCAUGAGCCGCCAUUACACCAAGGCUUGGACAACUCGUUGGAGUUCAUGGAAAGAUACGGGAGAGUAGAGUCUGUCCAGCUCUCUGUUCUGGCCUUUCUUCUGUCCGACCAAAACAACAUGCUUUACAGGGUCAGUGAUGUGGUACAGGCGGUCACCAUGGCGAUGCACAGACACCAGUGCUGUGCAGCUGUUCAGCUGGAGGCCUGUCAGGUGUUGCAGAGAAGGAUUGCUGCAUUGCUGGCAGAGUCAGGGGACAUCUCCAGCCUGUGUUCCAGAACGCUGGUGAGAGAGAUCCGCAGAACCAUCCAGAACUUCCCCAGACACACACAGCUGCUGGCUCGGGCCUUCCUGCUUCUCAGCUGCCUGGCACCACAUGACCAGGCAGUGGUGGAGUUGAUGGUGAGUCCGAAAGGGAUGAAGGAAGUGGUAAGAACCAUCACAACAUUCCCAGGGGAGCGUGACGUCAUCACUUCCUGCUGCAAAUAUCUCAGGAGCCUCACGGGGCUGGGAGUGCGAGUGGACGGUGUUGCUUUAACGGGGGCUGUGGAGGGGCUGUGUGCGGCAUCUGACACACACGCCCAGGACAGCGAGGUGAUGGAGUGUGUAUGUUCUGCCCUGUGCUUCAUCACUCUGCAAGGUGUGUCGGACGAAAAGGAUGUGGAAGAAAGUGUCUUGCUGUUGAUGCACACUCUGAUUCGCCACAACACACACACCACCAUGGUGAAGCUCAUCCUCCAAGCUCUAACCAACCUGCUCAACACCUCAGAGCUGGCUGCCUUCAGGCUCCUAUUGGCUCCUGAUGGGGGGAGGGGCUUGGGCCUGAUUAAGGAAGUGAAGCUCCAUCACCAUGACAACCCAGAGGUCAUAGGCGGCGUGUGUGGUCUCCUCAGAGCCAUGGCCCAGUACGACUCUGUCGUCUCUGAGAUGGUGUCCGACCAGACCCCAGAGGAGCUGGAGGAGAUCGUGCUUCAGUUUGAAGCAAACGAGGAGAUGGUUCUGCUGGCCAGACAGGCCCUGGGCAAGCUCAAAAACUCACAGUGACCACCGUCCAUGACUGUCACAGACAACAGCACACACCUGCAUUCUCUGUGUUUUACAGGCUGAGCAAUAGGCAUUAAAGAUAGACUGCUAGUUUACUCCC